AGAAAUCGCGCCACCUGGUCAUUGAAUUCAUCUGGGGCUUAAUUUCAUCACCAUCCCGUUCUACUGUAUAAACUCUCUUAGAACUCAGAAUUCACGACUCGAGCUUGCUUAUUUACACAAAACGACUUCUCUCUAGUUUAUUCAUUCUUGAUCUUCAUCUUCAGAAAGAAGAAGCUCACGGGAGAAAUGCUCCGAGAUGGAGGAGAAACUCCUUGCAGAUAUGAAUUGUUGAACAUGGUAAAGAAGCACUCCAACUUAAUAGGACAAACUCAGGUAGAUGAGCAAGAUGCGUCAGAUGUAGAAAUGGAUCCUCGUUUUUGGCACGAUAUUAUGGAUUUGUAUUUUAUUCGUGGUAAGGAAUCAAGAGGGCGACAAGACGACGAUCUCGUAUUUUUUGUUAGAAAAGUGAAAUCUCAAGGAUAUGGCAAUGAUGAUGAUAAUGGAAGCACCUCGCCAUAUUUUGUUCGCAGGUGGGCAUCUAAGUUGGAUAAUUUGGUUGGAGGUGCUUCAGUAGAUGUGGAUUGGAGGCGCUCAUUUUAUUUGAACUUGAUUGCUCACACAUCAUUUACUGUGACUGUGGCAAUUUGCAGUCAUCUAGUUCUUCGAAGUCAUCAAGCAGGACACACUACAUCAUUGUCUCCUAUAUAUAAGGUUGUUAAGACUGUUUAUGCAUCUCCUAGCCGUGUCAAUUUUCAUUUGGAUUCUAAGAAGGAAGUGGAGACAACACCUGCAUAUCCAGAUAUCUGUUUUGCUGUCGAUGACUUUGACUCCACUUUUGAUGCAGUGGUCUUGACAGAGACUGACCAUUGCUAUUGUGUACUUCUCAAUGCACAUGAUGGUGCAGCUUUUCCCGGGAAGGACAAUGCAGAAAAUUGCAAGUCUAGUAGUCUUACGGCAUCAAGUAUGGAUUCUGAUUCUCAAAGUACGAAGAAUUCCAAGAUUACUCUUUUUUCUGGAUUUGUCAGCUACCAAAUGGUUCGAGAUGCAUAUGAUGCUGGCAAGUCUAGAUUUGGCAGCCUUCUUUCUCUUGGUCAUGCUUCUGGCAAAACAGACAAAAUUUACAUGAAGGGCCCUGGAGGACGUGGGGAAGUUGAAGUUGCCGUUUCGGGUGUUGCAGAUCAAAGCCUACAGGAUUCGGGGCCCUUUUCGCCUGUGGUAUCAAAGACGGGAUUUGGGAUUGGAACCAUCGUUAGAAAAGCAGCAUCGGUAGCAACUGUGGCUGCAAAACAAGCUUAUGCAGCUGCUAGUAGCAGUAGUUCUGAUGACGAGAUGAUACCUCUCAAGUGUUGUUUGAUGUCCAUUUCAUUGCCAUGGGAAUACAUCGCAAAUGAUCUUUUGUUCAAGGGAAGUCCGCCAGUGAACUUGUGAGCAUCAUGGUUUCCAUCACUGAGAUAUUAACAGAAGUGGAACUCACACUUGAAGGCACCAAAGUUUCAGGGAGGAGGUAUUCCUUGUACGCACACAACAUGAAAGAUCCAUUUGUAAAUUUUAAUUGUAUUUGGGUGGUUAGUUUUUUUUAUUUGCAUAGUUUUGUGUCUGGUAAUAUUGAGGAAAUCUUGCUGAAGAGAUCUGGAAUUUAACUCAUAACCACCUACUUAGAAGCAGGGGCAAUUUCUUUUUCUUUUUAGUAAAAGGCAAUAGGAGGUGAGAGAGUCCAAUUCGCGGUGGGUAAUUUAAACCAAGCUGUCUUUUGCAUUUGGUUGUUCUUGUGCCGAUAUGAUGUUCAACUUAUGGAUGGAAAGCACUUCGCAUUGCUUCUCCAUUAGAGUUAUUCUGUAAUUUGUAUGUAUUUCUUUUACCGAUGGGGGGCUGGACAACUAUGAUCUUGUAUGUAAAAUGUUUUCUAUUUCCUGUUUUUUUUUAAUCGCUAGAUUUUUAGACUUA